UUCAGACUUCUUUCUCCUUUUCUUUCAUGCCUGUCUCAUCUCAUUACUUAGUCCUGAGUCAAAUCUGACCCUGGGAGGCCGGUCUUGUCCACCCUGUGGAAACCUGCUCUUUCUCAUCACCAGGAUGCAUUUUCUUUAUGGCAUUAAUGACUGGCAGAAAUUAGCUUGUGUACUUGUGUACUUAUAAGUUCACUUGUGAAUUGGCUCACUCCCUGAUCUCAGCUCCAUGAGGACAGAGGACAGAGCCUGUCCCAUGCACCAUUGACUCUAAGUGCCUAGAACAAACAGGGCCUAGGAAAUGCUCAGUAGUGAUUUGCUGCAUGGAGAGAUAUCGUCCAAUGAACCCUCACCCACAGCCCAUAGAACUGAAAUACUACCGAACAUGCUCAGGGACGUGCUGUUCUCUGUCAACCCUUGCAACAAGUUGUCAGCCAUUGUACAGUGGCUGUUCCCCUCUUCCAUCAAAAUACAAAGUGUCAGAACUGGAACGUACCUUAGAUAUCAUCCAGCCCAGUGCUCAUGUUUUUCGGAGAAAGAAACAGAGGGUCCAAGAGGAUCACUGGUACCAAUAUAGGGCCGGUCCCCUGGGUCCCCCAUCUCUUGCUCUGAUUGUCCUCCUGUAUUAGUUUUCUAUGGCUGCUGUAACAAAUGACCAAAAACUGAUGAUAGAAAACAACAGAAAUUUGUUAUUUGACAGUUCUGGGGUUUGAAAGUCCAAAGUGGACCUCACUGAGCUAAAAUUAGAGUGUUGGCAGGGCUGUUCCUUCUGGAGGCUCUGGAAGAGAAUCAUUUUCUUGCCUUUUCCAGUUUCCAGAGUCUGCCCAUGUUCUUUGACUUACAGCCCCUGUCCAUCUUCAAAGCCAGCAGUGGUCAGUUGAGUCUUUCUCCAGCCGCAUCAUUCCAACAUUGACUCUCCUGCCUGGCUCCUUCAUUCAUAAAGACCCUCGUGAUUACAUUGAGCCUACCUGGUUAAGCCAGGAUAAUCUCCCCAUCUCAAGAUCCUGAACCUAAUCGCAUCUGCAGAGUCUUUUCUGCUAUGUAAGGGAACAUAACUGCAAGUUCUGGGGAUUUGAAUGUGGACAUCUUUUGAGGGUGACGGCACUAUUCUGCCUGCUGCACCUCCAGUCACACCAUCUGCCUGUUGGUAUAUCCUCAUGCACAUGCACAUUCUCCCCUGAUGACCCCCACAACUUCUGUGCCCCAUUGUCACAGUACUUGUCACGUUGCUUUAUAGCUGGCUUAGUGCCUGGCUGCCUGGCUGGGUCAUGACUCCCUUAUGGUCAGGGCUUGGUCGUUAUACUCAACCAUUGGCACAUCUCUGGCACUUGGUAAGCAUGCGGGUUGUUCUGGCUGCUUUGGCUGAGCUAGAAAUGCCCUGUCUUCCUACACCCCAUCCCUGUUCUUGUUCAAUAAACUUAAACCGCCUCCCUCCAAGUCCUGGUUUUCGAGCUCUGCCAUGGGAUCAGGCCUCUCUGAGGUCAAGAGAGAUCCUGGCCACCAUAUUUUAGUCCGUAUUUUUAGUCUCCUGACAUAUGAAGACAUGCCCCUGUCAACCAGGGGCUCAGAGUCCAUGACCUCUAAGUUCCCUUCUUACCAACAAGAAGCACAUGGUUUUUGGCAAAAUGGCUAUCAUAUUUGGUGAAGAAGCUGAUUCACCUGCAACCUCAAAGAGAGACUCCUGGUCUGUGAUUUAUCCUUCUCCAUAUGCAGGUAAGUGAAAUGGAGGGCUACAAAAAGCAGGACUAUGUCAUUUGUCAGAAACCACACUGCACCAACCCCUUUGGACCUAAAUUAACGUAUUCCAUCAAGCCAUAAAUUCCCCUCUCCCCCUCUCUUUAUUUCCUCCUUCAUUAUCCCCUGCUCUCCAGGAGGAGUUAACAGACAACUCAAGGAUACACCUCACUUACCAGGGGCAGGACUUGGGCUCUGCUCAGAAAAGAAGCCCAUUAUUCCCAAAUCUGUGACUCUAAGGGUGAUCACACCUUCUGCAGCUGAAGGGAGUAUAAAGAAACACUUGAGCCUAGUGGCAUCAGCCCUAUUUUCUUCACUAGAGGGAAAAUGGGCCAUUAUUCUUGCCUUGCUCCAUUCCCACCAGCCCUGGGUUUAGCAGGUUCCAUGCUGGACACUCCAACAACAUAUUAGCAUAUUUUGCAUUUAAAAAGGGCUUGGAAAAUGAAUUAAAUGAUUGGCAUGGUGUUCCCAACGGUUUUUCCCAAACUACUAGUAAUUGUGUGGUUUUGAAAUUUGCCAUUUCUGCCUGCCGUGCCCUCGGCCUGGCAGCCAGCUUAAUCAGGAGACACUGUACCAGGCGGGGGCAUAUUUUAAGGCUCAUGAUACCCAGUGAUUGUCAGAACAGUACCUGGAGACUUGCUAAAGAGAACCUUGUCCUAGUUUUUCCACAGAGCUUGCAGUUCAUUUUCCUUCCUUACAGAGCUGAGAUUUAUACCAAUUAGAAUCUUCUUUUUAUGAAAGGGUCUGGGUCAGCCCUUUGAGGUUGCUGAGGCGCCAGGCAGUGUAGACACCAUCCAAAUCCUGACACGGAGCUAACAGAGGUGCAGCUUGGGGGCGGUGCUAGGGAGUGCGCUUGUUCAUAGCGCAUGGCACUGCCCUAGCCAAAAGGUCUGUGCGUAAGGGGCAAUUGUCUUUGGAAAGGUGGAAGCUUCUGGAAUGUGUUUGGGAAAAUGUGUUCAGGUCCAACUUCUUCAUUUUUCAGGCAAGAGAGAGAGAACCCAGAGAGACUGUUACAUGUGCAGGGUCACAGCCAUUUUUACUCUUCUGUGAGAGUAGAAUUCAGAUUCUUCUGACUCUUAAUAUAGGUUUGUUAAUUUUUUAAGUCCAUGGAAAAGAAAAAUUAACCAAGAGUUAAGAGUUUUAGGUUGAAUAGGGUUCCUAGGCGGAGGUGAGAAAGCCUGGGAUGGAUGAAUUUAGAAAAUGACAAGCUCUGAAGGCACCUUAGGCAUUUUUAUUUUUAUUUUUAUUUUAUUUUGAGGCAGGAUCUCGCUCCCAGGCUGGAGGGCAGUGGCUCUAUCUUGGCUCACUGCAGCCUUCGAAUCCAGGCUCAAUUGAUCCUCCCACCUCAGCCACCCAAGUAGCUGUGACUACAAGUUUGCGCCACCAUGCCUAGCUAAUUUUGGGGGUUUUUUGGUUUGUUUUUUCCCCUGUAGAAACAGGGUUUUGCCAUGUUGCACAGGCUGGUCUCAAACUCUUGGACUCAGGUGAUCUGCCUGCUUUGGCUUCCCAAAGUGCUGGGAUUACAGGUGUAAGCCACCACACCCAGCCUACAUAGGCUUUUUUUAACAGCCGAGGAUUGUUAUUAAUGAAUAUAAUUAAUGAUGAUAACAAUAGAAUACUUGCUAACAUUUGUGUGCUUUCUCAGGCCCAAGCACUGUGCCAAGUCCAGGACAUGUAUUAGAUCACUUAAUUGUCGCAACAACUCUGUGAAGAAAGUUGGUACUAAUAGAGCCCUGUUUUACAGAUGAGAAAACUGAGGCCCAAAAAAUUGAGUAACAGACCCAAGGUUACCCAGAUCUGUCUGACUUCAGAAUCAGAAUCUUUAGAGGGGAAGAAAAGAAGAGAAUCUGUACAUAAAUAAUUAAGAAAUGGGAUUCUCAAGGCCGGCAGCCCUCUUUAAAGUAUUUAGGUUGGUGCAAAAGUAGUUUCAGUGAAAAAAAACGCAAUUACAUUUGCCCCAACCUAAUAUUAAAUACAGAGACAAGAUGAAAUAGGGAAGAGCUGGAUGCGGUGGCUCAUGGCUGUAAGCCCAACACUUUGGGAGGCCAAGGCAGGAGGAUCCCUUUGAGCCCAGGAGUUCAAGACCAGCAUGGGCAACAUGGUGAGACCCUGACUCUACAAAAAAUUUAAAAAUUAGUUGGGCAUGUUGGUGCACAACUGUAGUCUCAGCUACUCGGGAGGCUGAGAUGAGAGGAUCACUUGAGCCCAGGAGGUCGAGGUUGGAGUGAGCCAUGAUCUCACCACUGCACUCCAGCCUGGGCGAUAGUUAGACCCUGUCUCUAAAUAAAUAAAUAGAAAAGCUGGCUCGCAGGAGAGACCUAAGGGCACCUAGACAGCGCUGGCCAGGAGAGCAGAGGCGAGUGCAGCGUAUAUGGAACAAAAGCACCCCUGUGGAGUGGACAGAAGCACAGACCUAGGGCUUAGGAGAGGAAUGAAACAAAAAUUCCUGUUUUCUCAGGAGCUGAAGAUAGAGAAAGUAUCUGUACGGUGCACGUGCGUGUGUGUGUUAGUGAUAUGGAGGAAGAGGAUCUCACUCACACACCAGGAGACUGGAGGGAGGGUGCAUUCUUAUGCUGGCUGAGCGUAAGGGUCAUUACGUGGUCACUAUGUGGACAAGAGUGACAGAAGAGAAACCAAAACCCAGGAAGACAGGAGAGCUGCGGCUCACGAAUGCAUCUACCAGUGUGCGGCUAAAUCCAUGGCAGGAGACGCUGUCCUUGUGACAUACCUUGUUGACCAGAGAGCUCCUCAUGCUCUGUGUAAUAACUAGGCGGAGCCAUGGGCUGUGGGGGAUGUGCUGGCAGCAGCCCUGGUGGCCAUGGGCACUGAGAAGGGACUGCUCUGAGGGAAUGAGUGGUUCGUUUAAUCGCAGGUGUGUUCCCACGCUUCACAGGGCUGAUGGAUCGUGCCUGUAAAGGGGUUCUUGGAAGGCUCAUUCCAGGUUGUUCUCAUUGGGAAUAUAAAUGAAGUACAACCGGUUUGGGUUUUACCCAGGGUGUUGUGGGGUUUUAUUUUAUUUUAUUUUAUUUUAUUUUAUUUUAUUUUAUUUUACACAGAGUACCCAGGAGGUGGCAGAUAAUAAUUCAUUUAUUUAUCCACUACAAAUUGAAGAAAUUGAUUUUUUUCAGUUAUUAAAACACUACAUUUCACCAAAAAGAAAACAUUUACUUAACUCUGAGCCAUUUAUUAAAUAGAAUAUUAUAGAACAAUUUGAAGGUAGGUUAUGAAGACUCUGUAAUAGUAAGGGUAGCUGCUUGCAUGGGACAUUAUGUAAAAUGAGGACUAUAUGUAACAUAUGUGUAGUGGAAUAACAUUUUCUGAAGGCAUACAGAUAUGCCCAAAGACGGAGAGAUUAAGCAGCUUGCCUAAAAUCACACUGCUGAUUAAUGGCUGAGCCAGGAUUCAUCAACCUAGGAAGGAUGUGUUUUCUUAAUCACAGCUAAACUAAACUACCAAAGCUAUCUUAUGAUAGAUUCCAACUUCAAAUCUGCAAAUCCAAAAUCAUUUGUUCAACUCUGCAAAAGUUGCAUCAAACAAGACCUAUUACCUUUUACUGUCAUGAAAGCUUCAAGAACUUAUAACAAUGCUUAGAGUUGGGUGAUGAACUAUGCUAGUUUUUUCUUUACUUUUCAAAGUUUAUUUAAUGUGCUUAUAUUCUCUUUAUAACGACAUGGACGUACCUACAUCCAUACAAAUUAGGGAGAAAAUGAGAAUAAGAACAAUAUGAAAACUCUCCCACCUCAUUGUAAGAGUUGGGGAAAAACAUAUUUCUAUUUGAGCACUGUUAGGAACCCCACAUGAAAGAUUGGUCCCACCUGCAAGUGCUGAGGAACAGGGUAGAGACCAAAUACACAAGCAAGUUUCUGUGACAACAGUUGAAAAGCAAUAGCUGUAAGAGUUGAGUGUUCUGAAUUUUCAGAGUGCCAAAAGGAUAUAAAAUAAAUGACCCCAAACAGAAUUCAUCUUGACAAGCUUUCUGCCUAUAUAAGGUGAGUUUGGAGAGACAUUUAGAAGUAGCAAUGGCCCUCCCUCAACUGGUGGAAGGAAUGGCAUAGGCAGAUUGUGAAGUGGAGCCCUGUUGGUGAUGAAGAAGUGGGUUUGUCACUAGGGAGAAUCUGAAUGUGCCACAUUGAGGGAUGUAAACAUGUUAAGUUUUCAAUAUUGUCAGAGCUAUUUGAACCAGAGCAACUCCAUCUUGAAUAGAGGCUGGGUAAAAUGAGGCUGACACCUACUUGUAAGGUUCUUCUAUCGGUUCAAACCCCAAGAGCGCGCCGACAGACAACAGGAGGCGGUGUGGAGCAACAUGCUGUUUUAAUGAGAGCCUGGGUGCACGCGGGCUGAAGCCUAAAAUGGCGUCAGCACCAAGUGAGGACGGGGCAAAGGAUUUAUAGUCUCCUGUAAACAGGAAGUGUCCUAGUCUGACGUAACCGCUACGUUGUACCCAGAUGGCCUCUUUCUUGAUCUUCAGGGGUACGUGUCUUCCAGCUGGCCUUCUUCCUGCUUCUGCUAUUUUGCUGGCGCACGCUGCUGGCGCAAGUAGCCUUGCGCCUUGGGACUGGGCCUGAGAAGGGAGGAGUUAUUCAUCCCCUUAAGCUUUCAGGCCUGGGGGAGAAUCUUACAUUCCUGUCUGUUUGGUUAUAGAAAAGGGAAAAGGGACAACUUUCUUAAUAACUACUUCAGGCGGGACAUAGCGGGUGGCGUGGGCACGUUGGAAAAAGAAAACCUUAAUUUUUAGGUAUUCUUGAGAGAUGGGUUGGUAUUCACCAUGUCGUUGUAGCAGGAGCAUCGCCUGGAUUGUCUGGAAAUAACGUCUGUGCCUGCAAGACAGUUAUGUUGAGAGGACAAGGAGGUGUCGACAGGGAGAAGCAUGGCCUCGUCUGCUGCUUUAUGAAUGAAAGACUGUGUCUGGAUUAAGGAGGGGAGGUAAUUCCCGCGUGGCUCAGAGUCUGGUAAGGAUGGAGGCCCUAAGACAAAAGUUCGGCCAUACAUGAUUUUAAAGGGACUAUAAAAAGAGGGUGCUUUUGGUGUUGCGCGGAGUUUCAUGAGGGCAAAAGGGAGAUAUUUUGUCCACAACUGGCGGGUUUCUAGAGCCAGCUUGGUGAGUUGGGCUUUAAGGACAGGGUUAAUUUUUUCAACUUUGCCUAAAGAUUGAGGCCUGUAGGGUGUGUGGAGAACUUACUUUAUUCUUAAGGAUGUAGAGACGCCUUGGGUAAUUUAGCUGAUGAAGGCGGGCCCGUUAUCAGAGUGGAUGGAUGUUAGGAGUCCAAAACGGGGAAUUAUAUGCAUAAGAGUUUGUGUGACAAUAUUUGCAGCUUCUGAAGUUGUCGGGAAUGCUUCUACUUGUCUGGAGAAAGUACAGACAAAGACUAGAAGAUAGCAGAGCCGUUUAUCUGGCGGCAUGUGAGCGAAGUCUACCUGCCAAUCUUGCCCAGGUACCUGGCCCUGGGCUUGGUGGGUAGGAAAAGGCGGCUGCCAGAGGGAGCCCUGGGAUGACACUGAGUGGCAGAUAGGGCAGGACUGGGUAAUUUAUCAAACAUGGCUGGAAAGGUGAGGACAAGUGAGGCCAGGGCGGAGAUGUUACAGGAGAGGUUUGUAACUGACAUGGAAAGACUUGUGGAGGCUUUGGAGGUGAGGAAGGCUUUGAGAGUGAGGAACAGCGAAGCACCCUUCCUUGACAUACCAUGGUCCUUGCUUUUGAAGGUUUUGGGCUCGGAAGUCCUCCUUUUUUCUGAGGAGUAAAGCGGAGGGAACAAGGACAGGGACAGAAACUGGCCUUGCACAGGAUGUAGGGCUACUUAUUUGGCUACCUAAUCUGCUAGCACAUUUCUAGCCAAUAUAGGAUUGUCUGGGGUUUGGUGGCCCCUGCAAUGAAUGAUGGCAACUUUUUGUGGGAGCCUGGCAGCUUGAAGGAGCUUGCUGAUGAGAGAGCCAUUUAUGACAGGAGUGUUUUUUGCAGUUAGGAUACCCCGUUCUUUCCAGAUGGAUGAGUGUGAGUGCACUAUGUGGAACACAUAAUGAGAAUUUGAAUAUAUGUUGAUCUGUUGUCCGGCUGCUGGAGCGAGAGCUCGAGUGAGGGUGAUGAGUUCAGCUUUUUGGGAGGUGGUGCCUAGGGGGAGGAGAUUGGCUUCAAUAGUGUGUGUGUGUCGGGGGCGGGGGGGUGACACUAUAGCAUAGCCAGCAUUCUGGUGUCCUUGAUGUAGGAAGGAGCUGCCAUUUACAAACCAAGUAAAGGAGGCAUCUGGAAGGGGUUGGUCUGUUAGGUUUGGAAAAGGUAUAAGGAAGGUUUGAACAGUGUUUACACAGAAAUGUGUAGGGUCUUGGGCGGUUGCAGCUUCAGAUAAGAGCGUGGCCGGGUUUAGAUGGGAGAUGGUUAGCACGGUGAUGUGGGGAGUUUCUACGAACAGAGCAUACAGUUGGAGGAGCUGUGGGGCAGAGAUGAGACUUAGUACACUGCGGUGAGCUAGCUUGUCUUUGAUGUUAUGGGUUGAAUAAACUGUUAGGUUGGCAUGGAGAGAUAGUUUUAGGCUUUCAAGGGUGAGGACAGCAGCUGCCGCCAAUGCUCAGAGGCAGGCAGGCCGUCUGAGAACUGUGGCUUCAAGCUGUUUAGAGAGGUAGGCAACAACCUGGAGGGUGGGUCCCUUAGACUGGGUUAGAACACCAGUACAACUCCACGCCAUUCGUCGGUAUAGAGGGAGAAAGAUUUGGUGAAGUCUGAGACAGUGAGGACGGGGGCUGAGCUGAGAGCCUUCUGGAGUAGACAGAAAGGUUGGGGAAUAGGCUGUGCAGGGUUUGAAGUCUUAUGGAGAGGGCCUUUAGCAGCUUAGUAUAAUGGUUUGGCAAGUAGAGCGAAGGAGGGAACCCAGAGCCUAAAAUAUCCUGCUAGUCCUAGAAAAGAGAGAAUUUCUUGCUUAGUUUGCGGAGGCGGGAGGGACUGGAGGAGGGAUACGCGGUCGGUUGUGAGCCCUUGGGUUUGCAGGGUAAGAGCUAGGCCUAGAUAGGUGACCGAGGAGGUGCAUAUUUGUGCUUUCUUAGGGGAGACCUAAUACCCCCGUUCUGCCAAGAAGUUUAAAAGAGAGAGAUAGUAUGGGCGUUGCAGUCUCUUUGAGAGGGGCUACACAGGAGCAGAUCAUUAACACAUUGAAGGAGGGUGGACGGUUUUAGGGAUAAGGUAAAGAGGUCGCAAGCAAGGGCCUGUACGAAAAGGUGGGGGCUGUCUCUGAAACCUUGAGGUAGUACACACUAGGUGAGCUGACAUGAAAUGUGGGUGUCAGGAUUUUCCCACAUAAAGGCAAAAAGGUUUUGGGAAUUCGAGUGUAAAGGAAUUGUGAAAAAGGGAUUUUUUAAGGUUUAGAACAGAAAAAUCGGUGGUAUUGGAGGGAAUCGUGAAAAGUAAAGUAUAUGGGUUAGGAACUGCUGGACAUACCGGGAGUACAGCUUGGUUAAUGAGCCUGGGGUCCUGGACUAAGCAUUAAGUUCCAUUUGGCUUUUUAACAGGUAGAAUUGGUGUGUUAAAAGGGGAGUUUGUUGGGCGGAGUAGGUGACUGGUGAGGAGGCGAGAAAUGAUAGGCUUUAGGCCUAUGAGAGCUGCUUGAAGGAGGGGAUACUGCUUCUGUGAUAGCAACUGGGUGGGCUCUUUAAUGGUAAUGCGGACGGGGGUGUGGUGUUCUGCGACUGAAGGUGUGGAAGUAUCCUAAACUGCGGAGUUAACUACGGUCGCCGGGUAAGGAGAAGUUGCAUGUUUUAAGGUGGGCGGUUGGAGGAGUAGAAGAAAGUUAGAUGCCCCAGAGGGGUCUGGGUUGAUGUGUUGGGUACUAUGGGGAAUGUGGAUGUGGAGAGUAGUGUGGCAUUUUGAAAGGAUGUCUCUGCCUAGGAGCGGAGUUGGGCAUAAGGGCAGGACUAAGAAAGAGUGAGCGGGCCAGGUGCGGUGGCUCACGCCUGUAAUCCCAGCACUUUGGGAGGCCGAGGUGGGGGGAUCACGAGGUCAGGUGAUCGAGACCAUCCUGGCUAACACGGUGAAACCCCAUCUCUACUAAAAAAUACAGAAAAAUAGCCGGGCUUGGUGGUGGGCGCCUGUAGUCCCAGGCUACUCGGGAGGCUGAGGCAGGAGAAUGGCGUGAACCCGGGAGGUGGAGCUUGCAGUGAGCUGAGAUUGCGCCACUGCACUCCAGCCUGGGCAACCGAGCAAGACUCCAUCUCAAAAAAAAAAAAAAAAAAAAAGAGUGAGCGAAGGAAAAGGUGUGCAAGGAGCAGAAAAGUGGAGGGCUGGCUCGGGGUUUGGAGACUUGUCUGUCAAUUCCCACAACAGAGACUUGGGAGGACUGGAUGGGUCCUGAAAAAUUAGGUAAAGCAGAGUAGGUUGCCCGGUAUUAAUUUAAAAAUAACAUACCGGCCUACCUGCCACCAUCAGGGUUACCCUUGGCUUGGAUGAAGUGAUGGUAGUUGCCAGGGAGUCUGUUCCAGGGCACCAUCAGUCUUCAGCGGCAAGGCUGAUGAGAUCCAAGUAGGAGGUUUUGGCCGGCUCGGGAAGGGAUGGGGGCGGUCCUUGCUGGGGCUGCUCAUAGUCCGACUUCCAGUGGGGUCCUCCGCAGAGGGGGCACGGCCUGGUGCGCUUACCUGAGUUUGGGCAUUGUCUGGACCAGUGGCCUUCAUUGCCGCACUUGAAACAGGCGCCAGGUGGAGGUAGAUUGCUAGGAGGCUUCUGUGUGGAGCUGCGGCCCCGUGGGCCUGCAGGGCCCCUGAUGGCAGAGGUAAGCAUUCGAAACUCUGCGGGUUUUUGCCUUUUACUUUCCUCAUUACGAUUGUUAAAGACUUUGAAGGCUAAAUUUAGAAGGUCUCGUUGUGGGGUUUGAGCUUCUGAAGCUUGUGCCGAAUAUAGGGGGUGGAUUGGGAGAUGAACCGAAGGUUUAAGAUAGUGGUUCCUUCUGGGCUAGCUGGGUCUAGGUUGGUAUAUUUUUUAAUGGCUUCAGUUAAAUGAGAGAGAAAAAGGGCUGGGUUUUCAUUAGGACCUUGGGUGAUUUCUGAAAGUUUUUCAUAGUUUACCACUUUAUGGGCACCCUUUUUGAGUCCUGCAAGGAGACACACAAUUAUGUGGUUUCAACGGUGGCAUCCAGAGGCCCUGUCUUGAUAAUCCCAGUGGGGGUCCUGGUUGGGGACUGCCUCUGCACCAGUAGGCUGGGCAGGAGCUUGGUGAUGAAUGGUAUCAGCAUGUGCCUGAGCUAUGGUCCAGAUACGGUCUCGGUCUUCUGGGGUGAGGGUGGAAGAGCGGAUAACCUAGAGGUCAUGCCGGGUUAGUUCAUAAGACUGGGUGAGGUACUAAAAUUUUCUAAUAUAAGAGGUAGCAUCUUCUGGAAAUGAACCGAAGCUUUUGUUAAUUUGAGAGAGAGCAACGAGGCAGAAGGGAACAUGAACUCUAACAAUACCUUCAUUUUCUGCUACUUUCUGAAGGGGGCAUUCUAGCACAGGCGUGCAUGGGCCAAAGAUGGCGCCCAAGCAAGUAAGGGCAGGAGAGAAGGAAGAAGCCGGAAGUGGUUCCUGCGAGGGUUUGAAGGGGGAAGGGUGGUUGAGUUGAUAAGCAGUGGAGGAUAGGGGCGUAAGGUGGUGGGAUGGGUUUACAAGCCUCAGGAGAGGGCGGUGGGGGAGGAGAAUGGGUACAGGCAAUACUAGAAUUGUCCUGAGGAGGGGACGGUGUAGGAAAAGAAGCGGAUACUGCUAACUAAGAAGAUGGCGACUGGGAAGAUGGCAGCUGAGAAGACAAUGAGGAGGCUUGCGGGGGUUAAAGAAGAUGGUUGAGAGGAAGAGGUCUGGAUGUACCGACUGCUUUUGGAGUAAAAAGAUUCCCAGGAUGUGAGCAACACGGGACCGAUAUGAUGCUUCCUGGUGUGUAUAGCGGUUGGUGCCAUUGCAAUUUUCUGUGCUGAAAUCAUUCUAAAAACUCAAACAGUAGACUUCAGCACACAAGGAAAGCCAAAGCCAUUUAAGGGGGAAUAAAGCCAAAAGCCUUUCACCUUAUUCGUUCCAAGAAUCUCACCGCCCCCUCCUUACCCCCCUCCAAAAAUAAACCAUUGCACACAGACAGGCAGCAUGGCUAGCAAACGAAAAUCUACAACUCCAUGCAUGGUUCGGACAUCACAAGUAGUAGAACAAGAUGUGCCCGAGGAGGUAGACAGGGCCAAAGAGAAAGGAAUCGGCACACCACAGCCUGACGUGGCCAAGGACAGUUGGGCAGCAGAACUUGAAAACUCUUCCAAAGAAAAUGAAGUGAUAGAGGUGAAAUCUAUGGGGGAAAGCCAGUCCAAAAAACUCCAAGGUGGUUAUGAGUGCAAAUACUGCCCCUACUCCACGCAAAACCUGAACGAGUUCACGGAGCACGUUGACAUGCAGCAUCCCAAUGUGAUUCUCAACCCCCUCUACGUGUGUGCAGAAUGUAACUUCACAACCAAAAAGUACGACUCCCUGUCCGACCACAACUCCAAGUUCCAUCCUGGGGAGGCCAACUUCAAGCUGAAGUUAAUUAAACGCAAUAAUCAAACUGUCUUGGAACAGUCCAUCGAAGCCACCAACCAUGUCGUGUCCAUCACCACCAGCGGCCCUGGAACUGGUGACAGUGAUUCUGGGAUCUCGGUGAGUAAAACCCCCAUCAUGAAGCCUGGAAAACCAAAAGCGGAUGCCAAGAAGGUGCCCAAGAAGCCUGAAGAGAUCACCCCCGAGAACCACGUGGAAGGGACCGCCCGCCUGGUGACAGACACAGCUGAGAUCCUCUCGAGACUCGGCGGUGUGGAGCUCCUCCAAGACACAUUAGGACACGUCAUGCCUUCUGUACAGCUGCCACCAAAUAUCAACCUUGUGCCCAAGGUCCCCGUCCCACUAAAUACUACCAAAUACAACUCUGCCCUGGAUACAAAUGCCACGAUGAUCAACUCUUUCAACAAGUUUCCUUACCCAACCCAGGCUGAGUUGUCCUGGCUGACAGCUGCCUCCAAACACCCAGAGGAGCACAUCAGAAUCUGGUUUGCCACCCAGCGCUUAAAGCAUGGCAUCAGCUGGUCCCCAGAAGAGGUGGAGGAGGCCCGGAAGAAGAUGUUCAACGGCACCAUACAGUCAGUACCCCCGACCAUCACUGUGCUGCCCGCCCAGUUGGCCCCCACAAAGGUGACGCAGCCCAUCCUCCAGACGGCUCUACCGUGCCAGAUCCUCGGCCAGACUAGCCUGGUGCUGACUCAGGUGACCAGCGGGUCGACAACCGUCUCUUGCUCCCCCAUCACGCUUGCCGUGGCAGGAGUCACCAACCACGGCCAGAAGAGACCCUUGGUGACUCCCCAAGCUGCCCCCGAACCCAAGCGUCCACACAUCGCUCAGGUGCCAGAGCCCCCACCCAAGGUGGCCAACCCCCCACUCACGCCAGCCAGUGACCGCAAGAAGACAAAGGAGCAGAUAGCACAUCUCAAGGCCAGCUUUCUCCAGAGCCAGUUCCCUGACGAUGCUGAGGUUUACCGGCUCAUCGAGGUGACUGGCCUUGCCAGGAGCGAGAUCAAGAAGUGGUUCAGUGACCACCGGUAUCGGUGUCAAAGGGGCAUCGUCCACAUCACCAGCGAAUCCCUUGCCAAAGAGCAGUUGGCCAUCGCAGCCUCCCGACACGGUCGCACGUACCACGCGUACCCAGACUUUGCCCCCCAGAAGUUCAAAGAGAAAACACAGGGUCAGGUUAAAAUCUUGGAAGACAGCUUUUUGAAAAGUUCUUUUCCUACCCAAGCAGAACUGGAUCGGCUAAGGGUGGAGACCAAGCUGAGCAGGAGAGAGAUCGACUCCUGGUUCUCGGAGAGGCGGAAGCUUCGAGACAGCAUGGAACAAGCUGUCUUGGAUUCCAUGGGGUCUGGCAAAAAAGGCCAAGAUGUGGGAGCCCCCAACGGUGCUCUGUCUCGACUCGACCAGCUCUCCGGUGCCCAGUUAACCAGUUCUCUGCCCAGCCCUUCGCCAGCAAUUGCAAAAAGUCAAGAACAGGUUCAUCUCCUGAGGAGCACGUUUGCAAGAACCCAGUGGCCUACUCCCCAGGAGUACGACCAGUUAGCGGCCAAGACUGGCCUGGUCCGAACUGAGAUUGUACGUUGGUUCAAGGAGAACAGAUGCUUGCUGAAAACGGGAACCGUGAAGUGGAUGGAGCAGUAUCAGCACCAGCCCGUGGCAGAUGAUCACGGCUACGAUGCCGUAGCAAGGAAAGCAACAAAACCCAUGGCCGAGAGCCCAAAGAACGGGGGUGACGUGGUUCCACAAUAUUACAAGGACCCCAAAAAGCUCUGCGAAGAGGACUUGGAGAAGUUGGUGCCCAGGGUAAAGGUAGGCAGCGAGCCAGCAAAAGACUGUUUGCCAGCAAAGCCCUCAGAGGCCACCUCAGACCCGUCAGAGGGCAGCAGCCGGGACGGCCAGGGCAGCGACGAGAACGAGGAGUCAAGCGUUGUGGAUUACGUGGAGGUGACGGUCGGGGAGGAGGAUGCCAUCUCAGAUAGAUCAGAUAGCUGGAGUCAGGCUGCAGCAGAAGGCGUGGCGGAACUGGCUGAAUCGGACUCCGACUGUGUCCCUGCAGAAGCUGGCCAGGCCUAGACAGGGAAGUCUGUUAGAACUGCUGUGCUGAUCAAGGGGAUGCUCUGUCUUUGAAGAAAGAAGAGAUGGUCCCUCCCCAGCCAUGGGCCACCCUUGCCAGUGACUCCAAGUGGAACUACUUAGCUCGCAUGUGCCUGGAGGGUGCGGGAAGCCCAGCAACUCUCAGAUGCACCUCCCAGAGGACCGGUGGGAAUUGUUCAUAGUGCCAAAGUCCUACUACUGCGUUUUCAAUGGGUCCUUGUACAUAGUUUGCUCCUCUGCCCCAGCCCUCACCUCUUGCUAUACUGGAACCGAUUUGUACAAUGUGGGAAUUUUGUUACCUUUUUAAUCAAGGGCAACUUCCUUUUCCAGCACUACCAUUGUAAGGUUUUUUUCAGGAGGGAGGGCUAACCACCUUGCUUUUCUCUUUUCUCUUUUUCUUUUUUUUAUUUUUGUUUUAUUAAUUUGGGGAAAGGGGUGUUAGUAUUAGUGCCAUGAUAUCUACUGGAUUUUAAGUAGGGAGACUUUAUUUUUAAAGGUAGGUUGAAAUUUGGGAGAUUUCUCGGCAGGAAGGGCUGAAAUCCAGGCCCCUGUCUCAACUUGGAGAGAGGUGACAGACGGCAGAUCUUCCAAAUCAAAUUCCUUUCCAGUUCUUCCCCUGGCUGCCUUUUUGGGGGUCCCUGCCUUAGCCCCACACAAGGCUUUCUGAACUACCAAGAGGGGAUCUGGCUUCUCAACUGCUUGUCCUCUUGGGCCAGGCUGUGCCCAGCCAGCCCUGGGAGAACUGGGUAGCAGGUGGCUGACUUCUUUAAGCACCUUUCUAAAUACCAGCAGAAGAGGCUCCCGCCUCUGUUAGCAUGAUCAGUACUAUUGUGACAUUAAAACAACAACAAUAAGAUCUUCCUAUCUGGAGGGUACAGAGGUGAAUGGCUUUGGUUUUCAUUUCUCUUCUUCACUGCCUUUUCUCGGUGUGGUAUUGACAGGAUUUUAGCUCAAAGCCUCACCAUGAAUUGAUUUUUUUUGUUUGCGUGUGUGUUUGUUUUGGGACAAUUUUAGAUACCUGAGUGCACUUUUUUUCAGUUAGUCCUAACUUUUAAAAGAAGGAAAACCAAGAGACGUAUCUGGUGUACGUGUUGCAGUAUGAAUUCUGGUUGCAAUCCCUCCCCCUCCCACACUGCCCCCCAUUUGAGUACACCGCACAAGUCAAACGCUAGGAAGUUUGAAUAAAACCAAUUUUUCUAACUUGUUGCUCAUUUGUUGUAACUCAAUAAAGCAAAGACUAAACAUUUUUAUAA